AUGGCUCCAGAUCGUUCCAUCAAGCUCGGCGUCCUGGUCCCGUCCUCAAACACAGCCCUUGAGCCUCUUACCACUGCCAUUAUAACUUCGAUACCGAACGUUUCCGUCCACUAUUCACGAUUUCCAGUCACCCAGAUCGCUUUGACCGACGAUGCUCUCUCACAGUUCGAUGACGGCAAGAUCAUCGAUGCUGCAAAAUUACUGGCAGAUGCGAAAGUAGAUGUGAUCGGGUGGAGUGGCACGAGUGCUGGCUGGCUCGGCUUCGAAGCAGAUGACAGACUAUGCGAGAAGAUUGAGGAAGCUACAGGAAUCAGGGCAACGACAAGUGUUAUUGGCUUGACCAAGCUCUUGGAUCAGGUGGCAGCUGAGCAGGGUGUCAAGCCACGGUUUGGGCUCGUCACGCCGUACCUGGAUGAUGUCCAACAGAAGAUUACAGAGACAUUCGGUAAAGCGGGCUACGAGAUCGUCGCCGAGUCGCAUCUCAAAAGGAGGGUGAACGUAGAGUUUGCCAGCAUCACAGAAGACGAACUUGACAAGCAGGUCGAAGAAGUGCACUCGAAGAUGCAAGAUGAGCCUGUCAAGAUUAUUUCGACCUUCUGCACGAAUCUGCGAGCUGCUCAGAGGGCCGCUCAUUGGGAGGAGAAGUAUCCUGGUCUGAUUGUGGCAGAUACGGUGUCUACUGUCGUCUGGGACAUGCUAGCCAUGGUUGGUGUAGACAUGAGUGGAUUGCACACUUGGGGUGCCAUAUUCUCCAAGACAUCAGCCGGCCAUGUUACUCUCCCUCUCAAGCGCGUGGAUAAUGCAUCUUCGACAAAGGAUAUGGUUGCGAAGGGCAGAGCCAAACUUGAUGCGAUCAAUAACAAAUCGACAUGA